AUGGCCGCUGCUGACAAGAAUUUUGUUGGGCUACUAAAUGGGCUUGCAAGAAGGACUUAUUUUGCCGAAGAAGAUAUAACAAACGAAUUUUUAAAGCAAGAACUCUUUCCGGAUUUGCCACAAGAGGAAUUUGACGCCUUGUUGAAGAAAUGCGAUGCUUUAAUGAAAAAUAUCGUCGUAGCUGACAUGGAUUUUAACCAAUUAGAGGCAUUCUUGACCUCACAGAGGAAGAAACGUCAGGGGGCGAUCACUGAGGGACAAUCUGCUGCAAUUGUGAAGUUCUGGAAGUCUCAAAAAAGCAAAAUUCAUGAUAUUUUAGUGGAUAAAAGUCGGUGGAAUAACAAGCUGAAGGACCUAAGUUGGAGAAUAGAUUUUAAAAGUCAGGCAAGGCAUGUCAGUCAGUUGAACACCCCUGUUGCUAUUGUUGAAAUGAAGUUUCAAAAUCCUAGAAAUGAAGAGGUAUUGGUUAGAUUUUGGAAAUAACCUCAUUAGUAUUUUUUGUUAAUUACUAAUCACCAUUUGAUUAAUUAAUUAAUUAGCUGUUGACUAUGAAUUAAUUAAUUAAUGAAUAUAAUUAUAACUGAGAAUUUAUAUUUUUAGAAUGUUGACACAAUGCACUUUGAAAUGGAUGAAAAACAGCUCACAAAUGUCUUACAAAGCAUUGGAGAUAUUGAAAAGUUGGUUGAAGCCUAUGGGAAAUAA